CAUAAUCCGCUAAGGCUACUGUGUGCUACUUCUGACCCGAACCCGAAAGCCCGGAUGCUGCCCUCCCCACCACUCUCCGUCGCCCGCCGCGCCGCCACGGCCGUAGCGAGUGCCGCCGCCCACCACCUAUUACCCUCUGUCAACUCUCUAAUCCUCGAGCCCUCUGUCCCUAGCCCUGCUAGCCCUCGCCGUCGCAUCCGCCUCAUGCCGCUGAGGGAAAGGCCCCCGCUCGCUCCCCUGUCGCCGCACGGAAGAAGUUUCGCGGUCGUCGCGGGAGAUGGAGGCGUAAAAGCUGAGGUGCCGGCCCUAGUGGUGGUGUCUUUCUACAGAUUCGCCGACUUCCCCGACCAUGCCGACUUUCGGCGGCCGAUUAAGGAGCUCUGCGAGGAGCUGCGUGUUUCAGGUGGCAUUAUUCUUGCACCAGAGGGAAUCAAUGGUAGUCUAUGUGGAAUACCAGAAGCUGUGGAGAAAGUUUUGAACUUUAUUCAAGCGGACGAUCGGUUAAAAGGAUUGAGAAUGAUCCAAUCACCUGUUACUCCAGAAGAUGAGGCUAUCCAUCAUGGACAUACCAGCCAUUCUCCUGUUGGUGCUGGGGAAGAUGCACCAUUCCGAUGGGAUCAUGUCCGUGUGAAAUUGAAAAAGGAGAUAGUGAGUUUUGGGGACCCAGAUGUGAUGCCAACGAAAACAGUUGGCAAGUAUAUAAAGCCUAAAGACUGGAAUGCAUUGAUAAGCGAUCCAGACACUGUUGUCAUUGAUGUGAGGAACAUGUACGAGAUACGCAUAGGAAAAUUUAAUAGAGCUGUUGAUCCAUGCACAAAAUCAUUUAGAGAAUUUCCAUCUUGGGUUGAUAAUCAAUUCCAGUUGGCUGAAUCUGACAGUCCAUCAUCAGUAAAUGGCGACACUGUUACUGAGGGACCAGGAAAAAAUCUGAAUUCCAGUGAACCCAAAGAGCUACCGCGAGUUGCUAUGUAUUGCACUGGUGGUAUUAGAUGUGAGAAGGCAUCAAGCUUUCUCCUCAGCAAGGGAUUUAAAGAGGUUUACCAUCUGGAGGGUGGGAUAUUGAAGUAUCUAGAGGAAAUCCCAGAAGCUGAAAGCUUGUGGGAGGGUGAAUGCUUUGUCUUUGACAAGCGUGUUUCAGUGGAGCAUGGGUUAGCUCAAGGAACCCACAAACUUUGCUAUGGAUGUAAACAACCAAUUAGCGAUGAAGACAUGGAGUCUCCUAAAUGGGAGUAUGGUGUAUCAUGUCCAUAUUGCUUUGCGACAAAAUCUGAGGAGGAGAAAGAAAGGGCAAGGGCUCGGCAAAGGCAGUUUGAGACGUGGGGAGUUAUUGGCGGUCCUGAUAAAGGCAGAAGUCCAAAAAGGCUCGAAUCUGUUUACAAAGUUGAGGAGAACAAACAGUCGCCCAGCUCUGUUUAACUUAAAUUGGUGACUGUCUAUUACUUCUUGAUUAUUAGAUUGUUGUCGACAAUGUGAGAUAUUCUCUGGAUUUGGAGUGCUUUCGUUUGGCUGCA